ACUUGUUUGUUUACGUUUCUCCUUUUGACAGUUCGCUGUGCGUGCAUCGGUGGAUGCUGGCAGUUUUCCAACGCGCGUUUCAUUGUGUGCUUCGAUGCGAUUGCUUUAAAGAUAAUUCAAAAUACAAUUUUCACCAUGUCCCGUGUAACGAAAAUAAAGCAUGUGCUGAAGGAGCAAGAGGCGGACGAUUUCGACCUACCCAAAGACAACCAACAGAUUGUGCGUAUCGUUGCCAGCCGGGGCAACAACCUGCACGAGGUCGAGACGGCACAGGACGGCGAGGAGCGGUUCCUCGUUUCGAUGCCGGUAAAGUUUCGCAAAAAUGUGUGGAUCAAGCGGGGCGAUUUCGUGCUGGUGGAACCGAUCGAGGAGGGCAACAAGGUGAAGGCUGAAAUCUGCCGCAUUCUCACACCGGAACACGUCAAGGUGUUCGAGAAGGAAGGCGUUUGGCCACGAAAGUUUAGCAAAAAGCGCGACCUGGAGGAGGAUUUAGAUGAGGAUGGACUGUUUCGGAACACGAACCGCAAAUUUCUGGCCCAGAGUUCCGAUGACGGCGAGGAGGAUGAAGAGGAUACGGAGGACGAUGCCGAGGAAGGCGAGGAUGAUGAGGAAGCGACUGCCCGGGAGACGAUCGAUGCGGCACAAAAACAGUCACCGAGUGACCGAUAGAUGAGCGCCCGUCGUGUUUCGAUUGGCAAACGGCAGUGUGGCGUUCGGUAUUAUGCGACGAUGCGUUUAUUGUUUUAUCUGAUAAGAAGUAUCAAAAACUGCUGAAGAUACACAUAUUUGUACAUUUGUAA